AUGUGGUUCGCAAAGUUCAUAGUUUGCUCUCUGGCUAUAAGCUGGACGGGUGCCACCGAGGAAGUCCAAGUGGAGAUUCCUCUGGGUUCAGUGAAGGGUCUCAAAAGUACUACAGUGCUGAGCAAACCAUAUUACAGUUUCAAAGGGAUACCAUACGUGAAACCGACUGUCGGCGACAACAGGUUUAAGCCAUCGCAACCGGCAGAGCCUUGGUCAGGGGUGUACGACGCCACGGAGCAUAAAUCAAGCUGCGUAUUUUAUUGCAUGAUAAGACAAGGUAUAAUGGGCGACGAAGACUGUCUCUAUUUGAACGUCUACACGCCGGACGUAAACAAAGACGCUGCUAAGGCUGUCAUAGUGGUUAUUCAUGGUGGCAGUUUUAACGGGGGUUCCGGUGACGAUGAAAUCUACGGUCCGGACUUUUUGGUAGAGAACGACGUGGUCCUUGUCACGUUUAACUUCAGACUCGGUGCAUUGGGAUUUUUGAAUGCGGAUGACGCCAGUGCACCGGGUAACGUUGGGCUGAAGGAUCAAGUAAUGGCCCUGAAAUGGGUUCAGGAAAAUAUUGAAAAUUUCGGAGGAUCCCCUCGGAGAGUGACCCUCCUUGGACAGAACUCCGGAGGUGCUGCCGCUCAGUACCACGUGUUGUCCCCUAUGUCCGAAGGAUUAUUUUCACGAGUCGUCAUGCAAAGUGGAUCAGUCCUGAACAGCUGGUCGUUUACUUACGACCACAAGGAAUUGGCUUUCAAAUUGGGAGAGCUUCUUGGCAUACGUACGAGCGAUAGCACCGAACUGGUUGAGAGACUAAAGGAAAAAUCAGCCAAAGAGAUAGUAGAUGCCAGCGGUCAACUUAUGAAGUCUCUGAAUGCCUUGAACGGACAUAUGCACGCUUUUGUACCGUCGAUCGAGGCUGACGUGGGUCAGGAGAUUUUCCUAGCUAACGUACCCUGGGAUUUGGUUAAAUCCGGAAAAAUCAAUGACGUUCCAGUGAUCGCCGGUAUUAACGCUGACGAGUCUAUGAUGUUCACGAAACAAAUGUUACGUAACGCGGAUUACAUAAAUGCGAAUUUCGAUAAGUUCGUACCCGACGACUUGAACGUCACCGAUCCGUCGCGCCUCAAGGAAAUCGGCGAAUCCAUCAGAUCGUUUUAUCUCGAUGGCAAAAGCGUCUCGGAGGACACCGUUCAAGAAUUCUCAAACAUGUUGAGUGACAUCUUUUUCAACUACGGCCUUCUAAUUUCCACGAAGGUUAUGGGCUCCCGUGUGGCUUCGCCUGUUUACUAUUAUAUGUUUACGUACGAGUCGCCACUUGGGCUCAUGAAGAAUUUAAAGAUAUUCGAUGUGGUGAGAGGAGUAUCGCACGGGGACGAAAUACUGUAUGAGUUCUAUUCGUCAGCUUUUAAAAAUAUUCAUGAAAAGGGAUCACCGGCUGAUCGCGUUACGAAUGAAUUGACUAAGCUAUGGACCAACUUCGCCAAGGACGGCAAUCCAACAUCGGUCAUGGAUAACUAUGUGACGGUCGAUUGGGAGCCUAUGGGUAAAGAUGACAAUUAUCUGAACAUUAAUAAGGAUUUAAAGAUGGGAAAGCAUCUGAUGAAAGACAGAGUCCAUUUCUGGGUUGAAAUAUACAAGGAUGUGCUUGGUGAUUAUUUGAAAAAUUUCCAAUAGCGUUGAGCUAUUAGAAAUGACGGCGGGUGAAAAACUUGAGGAAUGCUUUAUCUUAUUACAGCGAUGCAUUGUAGCAAUAGCGAUAAACUACUUGGAGGAAAAUAUGAAAAUUUAGAGUAA